GCCAAGUGCCGGAUGAGGAGCCGCGGAGGGGAAGUCGGGCCGCCGCCGCCGCCCCGCCGCCAUGGGGAACCGCGGCAUGGAGGAGCUGAUCCCGCUGGUGAACAAGCUGCAGGACGCCUUCAGCUCCAUCGGGCAGAGCUGCCACCUCGACCUGCCGCAGAUCGCCGUGGUGGGCGGGCAGAGCGCGGGCAAGAGCUCGGUGCUCGAGAACUUCGUGGGCCGGGACUUCCUUCCCCGUGGCUCCGGCAUCGUCACCCGGCGGCCGCUCAUCCUGCAGCUCAUCUUCUCCAAGACAGAAUACGCUGAGUUUUUGCACUGCAAAUCCAAAAAGUUCACGGACUUCGACGAGGUGCGGCAGGAGAUCGAAGCGGAGACCGACCGGGUGACGGGCACCAACAAAGGCAUCUCCCCCAUCCCCAUCAACCUCCGCGUCUACUCGCCGCACGUGCUGAACCUGACGCUGAUCGACCUCCCGGGGAUCACCAAGGUGCCGGUGGGGGACCAGCCGCAGGACAUCGAGUACCAGAUCAAGGACAUGAUCCUGCAGUUCAUCAGCAGGGAGAGCAGCCUGAUCCUCGCCGUGACGCCCGCCAACAUGGACCUGGCCAACUCGGACGCGCUCAAGAUGGCCAAAGAAGUGGAUCCCCAAGGCUUGCGGACGAUCGGGGUGAUCACCAAGCUGGACCUGAUGGACGAAGGCACGGACGCCAGGGACGUACUGGAGAACAAGCUGCUUCCUCUGCGCAGAGGCUACAUCGGCGUCGUCAACCGGAGCCAGAAGGACAUCGACGGCAAGAAGGACAUCCGGGCGGCGCUGGCGGCCGAGCGCAAGUUCUUCCUCUCCCACCCCGCCUACCGGCACAUGGCCGACCGCAUGGGCACCCCGCACCUGCAGAAGGUCCUCAACCAGCAACUGACCAACCACAUUCGGGAGACGCUGCCCUCGCUGCGCAGCAAGCUGCAGAGCCAGCUGCUCUCGCUGGAGAAGGAGGUGGAGGAGUACAAGAACUUCCGCCCCGACGACCCCACGCGCAAAACCAAAGCUUUGCUGCAAAUGGUCCAGCAGUUCGGCGUGGACUUCGAGAAGCGCAUCGAAGGUUCGGGAGACCAGGUGGACACGCUCGAGCUCUCCGGGGGUGCCCGAAUCAACCGCAUUUUCCACGAGAGGUUCCCUUUUGAGCUCGUGAAGAUGGAGUUCGACGAGAAGGACUUGAGGCGAGAAAUCAGCUACGCCAUCAAGAACAUCCACGGCGUGAGGACGGGGCUCUUCACCCCGGACCUGGCGUUCGAGGCCAUCGUGAAGAAGCAGGUGGUGAAGCUGAAGGAGCCCUGCCUGAAGUGUGUCGACCUGGUGAUUCAGGAGCUCAUCAACACGGUCAGGCAGUGCACCAGUAAGCUCGGUUCCUACCCCAGGCUGCGGGAGGAGACGGAGAGGAUCGUCACCACGCACAUCAGGGAGCGGGAGGGCAAAACCAAGGACCAGAUCCUGCUGCUGAUCGACAUCGAGCUCUCCUACAUCAACACCAACCACGAAGACUUCAUCGGGUUUGCCAACGCGCAGCAGAGGAACACGCAGACCAACAAGAAGCGAGCCGUCCCCAACCAGGUGAUCCGCAGGGGCUGGCUGACCAUCAACAACAUCAGCAUCAUGAAGGGCGGCUCCAAGGAGUACUGGUUCGUGCUGACCGCCGAGUCCCUCUCCUGGUACAAGGACGAGGAGGAGAAGGAGAAGAAGUACAUGCUGCCCCUGGACAACCUGAAGAUCCGGGACGUGGAGAAGGGCUUCAUGUCCAACAAGCACGUCUUCGCCAUCUUCAACACCGAGCAGAGGAACGUCUACAAAGACCUCCGCCAGAUCGAGCUGGCCUGCGACUCCCAGGAGGACGUGGACAGCUGGAAAGCCUCCUUCCUCCGGGCGGGCGUUUACCCGGAGAAAGACCAAACGGAGAACGAGGACGGCGCCCAGGAGAACACCUUCUCCAUGGACCCCCAGCUGGAGCGGCAGGUGGAGACCAUCCGCAACCUCGUCGACUCCUACGUGGGCAUCAUCAACAAGUCCAUCCGCGACCUCAUGCCAAAGACCAUAAUGCACCUCAUGAUAAAUAAUACCAAGGAUUUCAUCCACUCGGAGCUCCUGGCCUACCUGUACUCGUCCGCCGACCAGAGCAGCCUGAUGGAGGAGUCGGCGGACCAGGCGCAGCGGCGGGACGAGAUGCUGCGCAUGUACCACGCGCUGAAGGAGGCGCUCAGCAUCAUCGGGGACAUCAGCACCAGCACCGUCUCCACGCCCGUGCCCCCGCCGGUGGACGACACGUGGCUGCAGACCGGCAGCGGGCACAGCCCCCCGCCUCAGCGCAGACCCGUCUCGGCCGUCCUGCCGCCGGGCCGGCCGCCGGCCGUGCGGGGCCCGACGCCGGGGCCUCCGCUCAUCCCCAUCCCCGCGGGGGGGCCGUCCCCGUUCACGGCUCCCCCCAUCCCCUCGCGCCCCGGACCCCAAAACGUCUUCGCUGCUCCCAACGACCCCUUCUCAGCCCCUCCGCAGAUCCCCUCGCGGCCGGCGCGCAUCCCCCCCGGCAUCCCUCCAGGCGUGCCCAGCAGGAGACCCCCGGCGGCGCCCAACCGGCCGACCAUCAUCCGCCCGGCCGAGCCCUCGCUCCUCGAUUAA